UCCAGAAUCCUCUAGCUGUGGAGAUGGUGCUGUCCCUGGUUCAUAGUUUCAUGAUUUGUUGCUUGUCUGUUUCUUCCUUCCCAGAAGGCCAGGGCUUUGUGAGUGAGGAUGAAUACCUGGAAAUCUCUGACAUCAAACGUGACCAAUCUGGGGAGUAUGAAUGCAGUGCCUUGAACGAUGUCGCUGCCCCCGAUGUGCGGAAAGUAAAGAUCACUGUAAACUACCCUCCCUAUAUCUCAAAAGCCAAGAACACGGGUGCGUCAGUUGGUCAGAAGGGCAUCCUGAGCUGUGAAGCCUCAGCAGUCCCCACGGCUGAAUUCCAGUGGUUCAAGGAGGACACCAGGUUAGCCACCGGCCUGGACGGAGUGAGGAUUGAGAGCAAAGGCCGCAUAUCCACUCUGACUUUCUUCAAUGUCUCUGAAAAAGAUUAUGGGAACUACACUUGCGUGGCCACAAACAAGCUUGGGAACACCAACGCCAGCAUCACAUUGUAUGGGCCUGGAGCAGUCAUUGAUGGUGUAAACUCGGCCUCUAGAGCACUGGCUUGUCUCUGGCUAUCAGGCACCCUCUUUGCUCACUUCUUCAUCAAGUUUUGAUAAGAAACCACAGGUCCUCUGAGCAACGCCUGCUUCUCCAUAUCACAGACUUUAAGCUACACUGCGGAGGGCAAACCAGUUUGGGCUUCUUUUUGUUUGUUUCUAUUCUUCUUGGUAUUUUGUUUUUUGGGGUUUCCUUUGGUUUAUUUGCUUUUAUUUUGCCAGUUUGAAUGAGUGGGGCUCGGGGGAGGGGUGGGCAGGGUUCUACCCCAUGUACGAUAAUCACUCAUUGGUGUGUCCAAAAAUGGAAUCCGCUCCUGCUACCUUGGCUCGUCCCUUUCCUCUACUUCUCCCCCAUCAUCAUUACCACCAACAUCCCUGACCCUCCCCAACACACAUCCAAACAUAAGUUUCUUUUGGGCAAAAAAUGUGCCUCAUGAUAAACACCCUGAAGAUACAAGUCGACUCAUGAUAUAGUACACAGCAAGACUUACAUACAAGUGUCCUAUUAUCUGUGUCUUUCAAGCUCUGGAUCAUUUUCCUGAUUAUAAUGUACAUAUACCUCCCUCCAUGUUGAUUACUAUCUCCUUCCAGAGGGUUCACAUCUCUUCUUUCUGGGAAGUUACCUCACUGUACCCAUCUUGCCAUCUUCCCUAGUCACUCUGCCCUGUCCAUUUCUUCCACCAGGUGCAGGGACGAGAGGCAUGAGGCUAUGCCAGCAACCCUAAACUAAACCUUUAGAAGUCAGGUGACCAGAAGAGGGGGGCACAUUUUGAGGGUAGUGCUGUUCAACUUUAAAAAUUGAUGCUGUUCAACUCAAAAAGUAAUUGACAGAUAAAUGAUCAGCUCUCCAUCAGAGUAAUCAGAGUUAUCCAUCUACUCAGCUGUCUGAUUUCUCGCUCCAUCCAGUUAUCUACCCACCUGUCUUCCUCUCUAGCAAUCUGUAUACUCGCUUUAUCAAUCGAUUAAUGUAAUUGUCUAAUACUUCUUUCUGUUUCUCUCCCCACUACUCACUAUCAAUUCAUCACCACGUUAACCUCUAAUCAUGUUGUGUCUGUCCCACUGUAUUCACGUGUACCAUCAGCAGACUCUGGCAUCUUCAAAAUUACCUGUCAGCUUCCCACAUGAAAGCCAAUGAUCUCACAGGCUAACAGCAUAGAAAAGCAAUACCCUAUGUCAUGGACUCUUUGGAAUGUGGUAACCCAUCCACCUAAAGUAGAUGCCGUUAACAGAUGGACCAAAGUAGCAAAUUAAUGAUUAGUUACGCACUAUUCCCAGAAGAGACUGGUUCCUAAGACAUUUUCUUGGGAAGCAGAUAAGUCACGGUAAAGCCUUGAUCAGCACUGUGGUUUUUCUUUCACGCUUGAAGGACUAAGGCACCAACCUUGCUUCUCUCAGUCUUUCAACAAAGUGCAUGUCGGGAGCCUGUGGGACCUACUUCAUGGCUGGCUUUUCCUUAACAGCAGGAAUGUAAGAGAGAAACACACACCUGUCUCUGCGACGUGAAGAGAGCAGCCCACCCAUCCGAGUGUGGUGACUCCAGCUAGCUUCUCCUCUCUGCUCCAGUUCUGGUUUAAUCUGUUUGAAAACUAUCCAGUAAAAAGCUGAUGGAGGCCAAUUACAUGGUGGGUAUAUUGACGACUCUGGUAUUUGGUUCAGGAAGCUCUUCUGAGCUGAGGGCACUUGAACAACUGACUUAAUUUCCAAGCACUUGAUUAACACAACACCACAAACAGAAGCGGGACGUGCAAGUGAUACAGUUUCCUCUCAUGCAGGCUGCUUCUCCAGUGGCUUUGGGGAAGACUGUCCCCAGAGCCCGUGUUCAAAACAGAUCCAGCGUACAAACAAGAGUUGACCCAACCUUUCUGCAUUGUCUCUUGGGACAAAAAGAACUCAUCCUGCAAGGGUGCCUGUGAUUCAGAAGAGCAGCAUUGAAAACCACACCGGGCUUUGCUGCAGGGACGGACCUGCUGGGAGGACAGGAAAGAGGCAUCAACAUGACGCUCUCAGAGACCUGCCCUGCCUCAGUUGGAAGACCUCUUCAGGUCCUCAGUCUAAAAAGAAAAAACUUCACAGAGUUCCAUUUCCUUAAUUCCUAAUUGAUCUCCUUCCUCCAGUAUAAGUGCCCUCUCUGUGUCUGUCCAUUAUGGUACAUGAACAUGAUAUCCACAGUGGGGAAAUACACAUGACACAUACAAACAUAGGCUGUCUUGGCACUGACAGACAAAAGCUGGGCACAGUUGUAAGAGGUAGAGCUGGUGCAAGUGAAAUUAAUAUUGCAUUUGCCGGCUGUAAACAGACAUCUGCAUUUCCUAGUGAGCUGCCAGGAGCCAGAUUCUGAGAACACGAGUGAUGUGCCAGAAGCAAUAUAUGAAUUCCAAGUUCCAGGCACAAUCAUGAACAGGCACAAAUUCAGAACUAAAGGUCGGGCAUUAACGUUUCAGACCUGUCACCACAUUCAGCACCUGGAGCCAGGUUGGUGUCAAACAUUGUAUGAAAAUUGUAUGUGUCAUUUGAGUGUCGUACUGAUGAUAUUUGUUACUCUGGAGAACAAUAAAUGUGGACUUGUGGGAAAUGGAUGGUCUUGGAGAACACAGUGCUUGAAACGGACAAGCUAUGCCUAUUCCUUACUCCAAAACUGGUUCUAAAUGAAAGAGUUCAUCCUCUUUGCCAAGGAUGAUCAGAACCUUUCAAAUCCAAUGAGGUUGGUCUCAGAGUCACUCUGGAACUCUGCUCUGCCACCUUCCACUGAAUACUAGAUACUUCUGUUGGUUCCCUAUUUCACCCACGCUGCAGAGGGAAAGAAGUGCUGCAGUCGAUCCUCAUCUGUCUGGGUUAAAGAAGACAAAGCAAAUGAAACCCAAGGCAACUAGGGCACUGGGAGUGAAAGUGGCUUCUCUUAACAGCAGACGUAUUCCAGCUUCUGUGUUGUUCGAGUUACUUUGGUGGAUGGCUCCAUGUGGCCAUAGCUGUUACUCAACAUUUUGAAGCCUAGAGAACAGCAAAUGCCUCCUAAAGAGAGUAUCCACACUUACACACACUUUUCUGACUUUACACACACAGAGUAAUUGGACAAAGCCUGCUGGAUAGAUUUGUUCAGGGUGCUAGGGGUGGGGGUGGGGUGGGGGCAAGGGAGGAAAACACACCUCUGAACAACGUGUCGCUCUUCGUGGGUUUUCCACGUGGAAAGGAAACCAAAUAAGGAUUAUCAGGAGAUCAGGUGAGAGGAAUUCAGCAGCAGUUACUGUGUUUUGGGAAAGGGAAGGGUUUCGAAGUUAGUAUGUACUUCCAUUAAAGUAAUGCCAAUGACAGUGUCGGUGUGAAGGCUCCGGCCGAGCGCAUCUUUCAGUAGUUUCAUGUCAAGUGCCUGAUACAGUCAUCUGCAAAUCUAAGCAAGUGUGUUUAGUUUUUCUCAUCCUUGUUUUAAUUGGGGGAGGGGGGAGAUAGGGCAGUGGUUGUCGACACAUGCACAUACUUUACGCCGAGAACACUGGGCGUGGUUUUUCUGCUGCAAGUGUGCUCAACUGAGCAGAAGGAGAGAGAAGGCUUUGUGUCAAAAAGAGACUGGGCCUCUGUCCUCUGAAGUCUACGCCUCUUGUUAUGGGCUGGACAGUUAGUUCUCAGAACAUGAGUGGGAAGUGUGCUCUGGGACUCUAGAAUCUCCACACCUGAGGCUUAGUUUAAGGGUUUUUUUCUGAAUUAAAGCAGUGGACUCGCCCUCAAUGACAAGGAGUUGGCAAGUUCCACUUAUGUUGAAAGAACUUUUACAUCAAAAGAGCAGAGAACCCCAAAGCGGGCAGUUGAUCUCAAAGAGAGCUUAACCCGGUCACACACCAGGGGUGGCUGUAAAUUGAACACUCAAGUUUUGGUGGAUGUUUCCAGUGCCAAUGGGGAUGCCUAUGCUUCUAUGGUUGUAUAUUGUGGUCACCAGCCCCACUGUGGGAGGGAAGGAAUGGCUUAAGAAGAGGUGUGAUCUGGUGGCAGUGGCGUCUUUCCCCAAUUUGAUCAUGAGUAGUCACCAGAGAAAAACUGCCUUUGUAAUACCUAGAACCAGUCAAAAAAGAAGAAAAAAAAAAGUCCCUGUGGAAUUAAGGGAAGCAGCAUAAAAUUUUUCUUAUUUGGCAAAAUGCAUUUUUUUUUUCCUUUUUCUCCAACAACAAGAAUCUUUUGCUUUCACUUUGCACAAGUCCAUUCCUGGAAACUCUCACAUCAACUGCCUCCUUUUCUAUUAUCCAAAGCUUCCCUGCCUUUUUCUUUUCAGACAGACAAGUUCGAGCAGUUGCAGUAAAACUUCACAGGUGUGUACGUAGGAAGGCAAUGUUUUCAAAAAGAUACCAUAUGAUGAGAACUUCCAAUGAUUACUAAAAGAAAACAAAUAAAAAUGCCAGUCUCAUUUCCCUCAUUUCUUACUUUGGAGAAGAGAAGCAAAUGAAAGGAGGAAGAAAUAGAUUUGCAGCUAAAAGAUGUGGCAAAAAGAUACAGCUGAGCCAGUGCAAUUUAGCCUUCAGGUGCGGGAUGCUGAGAGCCCAAAGGAAUGUGAAGUGGACUUAAUUAGAUGCAAUUGUCUUCAUCCUGAAAGUAGUCAGCUAAGCUUAAUUUCCAGCAUUUUGAAAGAAUUCCUUCUUGUUUCUUUCAGGGGUGCCCUUUUAAGGCACACGGAUGUUCCACACCAUUGAGUGGAGAAAGAAAGAUUGUGAACCCUAUACUAGCCUCGUGGGGCUACCUUCUACGUUAUUGGGCAGAUUUCUAAGGAUAUCAGUAAUAACAAUGAUGUGUAAUAAUAACUGCCCUUGUGUUAGUAAAGGGAGCAUUUUUAGUCAUUCAGAAAUUCUUGUGACAUGUAAAGUGCAGUUGUGAGGAAUGUGUGGGUGUACGAGAUGUAUCUGUCAAGUUCAGAGUCCUCUAGAUUUAAAAAAAGAAUUAUGACUUAUCAAUGGUGCCAUUAUCGCUGUGUCAGACAAUGGGUGUGCCCAUUUUCACAAUUAUCCUUAAGAAAAAUCUAUGUUCAAAUGCUUUAAAAAGUUAUCACAUGAUACAAGAGUAUAACUUUGUCGGCCUCUAGAGAUUUUUGUUUCGUUUUGUUUUAAUUUCUUAUUUUUUCCUUCAAAAAAAUCAAUGAAGACUGAUUUCUGUCAAUAAUUGUAUUAAGGGUGAAUAUACUACCUGAAUUUUGUGCAUGUUACAUUGUAGUUGUAACCUUUUCUAAUUCAGGAUGAAUACGAGAUGGUUGUGAUUGUGCAGUGUAUCAAUAAAGUUUAAAGAAGUUUGUAA